CCUAUCUGAGCGCGUCCAUUACAGAACUGAUAAUGUCUAACAACGAAGGCGAGGUAAUGGUUGACAGCAACGAUGAAUCUGGAGAGGAAAUGUCUAGUCCAGAGGCAUCCCCUGGUAAACCAAGAGAAAUAUCUGGAAAUGGACUAGAUGGACUGGAUGACCAGCUCAAUGGCAUGACAAUAGACCCGGAGGCUUUUAUGCGCAGUCUGCCUGCUCCAGUAAAGCGACGAGUGAAAGCGCUAAAAAAGUUGCAAAUGGAACGAGUAAAAGUUGAAUCUAGGUUUUAUGAAGAAUUGCAUCAGCUCGAAGCAAAGUUUGCCGAAAAAUUUGCUCCGAUGGAUGAGCGAAGAGCUAAUAUUGCGUCUGGUGACAUUGAACCAACGGACAGCGAGUGUGAAUGGAAAUCGGAAGAUGAAAGCACUGAAGAGCCCGAAGGUCCAGAGGCAGGUGGUGAUACAAAGAGUCCAAACGCUAUCAAUACACCUGACGUGAAAGGUGUUCCCGCUUUCUGGCUUACUGUUCUGAAACAUGCCGGCGAGGUAUCUGAACUAAUACAGGACCACGAUGAGCCUAUUUUGUCACAUUUAACUGAUAUAAAACUGAAACUGUCCGGAUCCGGAGAGCCAAUUGGCUACGUGCUUGAGUUUUACUUUUCACCCAACGAAUAUUUCAGCAACAAAAUGCUCACGAAGAAAUACAAUAUGAAAAUGGAGCCAGAUGAUGGAGAUAUUCUGUUUGAAGGGCCUGAAAUUGCCAGUAGCGAGGGCUGCGAGAUUGACUGGAAAACCGGGAAGAAUGUAACUGUGAAGACAAUCAAGAAGAAGCAGAAACAUAAGAAAAGUGGUGUACAAAGAACUGUUACUAAACAAGUUCAGAAUGACUCUUUCUUCAAUUUCUUUUCACCACCAUCUGCUGAAGAGCAAAAUGAUCCCAGCAGCGAAGAAAUCGAAGCGCAAUUGCAAACAGACUACGAAAUUGGCCAUUUCAUUAGGGAACAAGUGGUGCCCAGAGCAGUGUUGUAUUUCACCGGAGAGGCUCUGGACGAUUCCGACGAAGAGUUUGACGAGGACGAAGAUGACGAGGACGAUGACGAAGAAAGUGGGCCUGGCUCUUACCCCAAGUUCCCCGCUGGAGGUCGUGGAGGUCAGCGGGGCCAAGCAGCUGCUGCUGCUGACGGAAAAAACCCAGACUGCAAACAGCAAUAAAACGGACUCACAAAGUGGUGAUCACAACAUAAACCAUAACAGUUCCGCAGGCAGAAGACGACAGCUGAAUUGCUGUGAGGAGACUAGAAUUUUAGACUGGCUUUGCUUGAAUUGAACAAUUUUAAUUAGUAUUCUGAUCAGAAAUAGUUUAACCUGCCACAUUUGAUACUACAUUUUUUCGAGUGAUUUGGAUCAUUUUUUCUACAAUUUUUGGUUGCCAGAUUUUUUUGUGUAUUGGACCAGUGCCCUUGCAGCUAUAUUGUAAGUCAUCUCCUAAGCAUUGUGCUUUGAUUUUGACAAUAGUUGACUUGAGAUAAAUGAGUUGGACGAUUUGGUCCAUGCAAUACCGAACUUAGACGCGAUCUUGCUCCUUUGAAACACUGAAUUGAUAUUUGUGACAAUAUAGCAUAUUUGUGAUUGGUAUCUGUCGAAUUCUAACUUAACUUAAGCUUUUGGAGCAAUAUCACUCGCCAUGAAAUUUAAAAAAGAGUAUUUUUGAUGCUGUGUAGUUUAAAUUAUAUCUCAUGUGAAUUGAAGUCAGGAACUUCGCAUUUGCAUUGAAGAUGUUAAAAGAUAGUGUGAAAAUGGAUUUGAUUCGAAUUGCCAGUGCUUAAUUCAAGUUUCUUCAUAA